AUGGGCAAUGAACUUAAAUACUACUUUCGAACAAAGCAAACACAAACAACAUUUAAAAAAAUGAAUCAUCCAAUCAUCCACCUCACUAUCAAGAAGCCAAAUAACCAAAACUGGAACACUACAAAACUCUACGAUCCACUCUUAUUAAAAUCUUUGGAAUCUUUCAGGGAAUUAACUGUUAGUGAAUUUUAUAGAGAACAGGUUGGUCAAUCAAAUGAUUGUACUCUUGUGGUUAAGGUAAAGAUGGAAGAUGGUAAUUAUCAAACAUUGAAUGAUGAAUUGGAUUGGGAGAUAAUUGUUAGAAUUGUAAAGAAUGGACAAACUUUACAAUUUCAAGUGAAAUUUAAACCCUCAAAGAAAGUUCACAAAAAGCAAUUGAGGGAAAUUCAACAACGUUUGAAAGAAUUAGAGCAAGAAGUUCAACUCUUACACUUGAAAAAGAAGCUGAUCGAGUUAAAUUUUGCAAAAUCUGAAGAGAAGCCUCAAGAUCCAAGAGAUAAACUAUUGGAAAGCAUCAGAAUUGGAAAGGAACUCAAGGAAACUCCAACAACCACCAAAAUUACAAUAUGUCCAAGAGAAAUUCUCUUAAAUAGCAUCAAGGAUCAUCAUUUCAAUAAUUCAGAACAAAAUUGA